ACAAAACUGUGUCUGCACUCUUUGUUUUUGAUAGUAUUCAUUUACUGGUGUUGAUUUGUUGAAGAACUCACAGUUGUAGCAGUCAUAACACAUCGCGAAAAUGGGUUCGUUGGGUCGGAGGAGCAUGUCCACGGUGGCGAAAGCGGUGGCAGAAAUCACCGGCACCGGCAACACCAAAAUCCGCAAGUCUUCUAGUGAACUCUGCACCUUCCUCGGCAUCCCUCGCCACUCUCGUUCCGAAGUUGCUCUCAUUCUCUCGAAGUUUAUCAAACUCUACAAUUUCCGGAGUCCUGGUAUUAAAAAGGACAAGAUUUGGGAGCAGAAUUUGCAAACUUUGUUGCGUGGAAGAAACACCGUUGGUUUUCCUGAGAUUGCUAAGAUACUGUCUCCGGAGUUCAGCCAGGGUGCCAUUAAUGUAAAGGACAAUAACAUGGAUUCUUCAAUGGAUAACACAAAGGGGAAAGGUUCUCAAAAGAAAGGGAAGCCUUCUAAGAAGUAGGUCUUCCACAUGCUCAUCUUUUUAACACCCAACUUAGAUUUUUGAAAGUUGAAAUUUUGUGUUCGCAUAAUCUGCAAUUUUGCGCCAUUAUGUCAUGAGAGUCAGUUUGAUUGGCAACCUUUGGUUAUUGUGUUGUUGUCCUUCGAUAUAAUGUGAUUUCAUUCCCUAUUCCCUUUUAGCAAAUUCAUAACUUACAUGAUAUACUUGUCCUUUGGUUUAAGAAACGGCAAAAUCUGUUUUCAUUUCGUCUUUUUAGUUGUGCUGUGUCAGAUGAACAUUUCCGGUAUUAUGCCCAAUAUGAAUGAAAAAAGAUUGUUAGGUUGUCAA